AUGCUGACAGCAUUUACGGCGAGGCCCCUCGUGGAGUUUCGACCUCGCGACAAGUCGAAGAUAGAGUCCAUCCUGACGUACGGGGACAGGCUGCUGGUCGGGCUGAACACAGGAUCGCUGCGAAUAUACAGGGUUAAUGAGGUGAACGUUGAGGAAGCGGAAACAAGGGCUGGUGAUGACACAGAGGCGCAGGAUGGAGGUAGUGGUGACGGCGGUGGUACCGUCCAGCCAUCUACAACGACCAAACCAACAGACCUCUUGCGGGAGCUAGAGAAGUUCUCUCGGUACAAGAUCGAGCAGUUGGCGAUUAUCAAGGAGGCGAAUAUCCUCCUUUCCCUGUCGAACGGCCAUGUUUCAACGCACGAUCUGCAGUCUUACGAGCUGCACGAGCAGCUGACUCGGACUAAAGGGGCUACCACGUUUGCAGUCACCUCCAAUAUCGAGAAGGAUCAGGACACCGGGGUCCCGUCGAUUGUGUCUCGGCUUGCUGUUGCGGUAAAGAGGAAGCUCAUGUUAUGGACAUGGCAGGACAUGGAGCUUGAAGAUGAUGUCACGGAGAUAACGCUUGUUAGCGGGAUAAAGACUAUUACUUGGGCAAACGGUACCAAGCUGCUAGCCGGACUUAGCUCAAGCUAUGUUCUUGUUGAUGUUGUGACCAGAGAAGUCACGGAUAUCGUGGGGCCCGGAAGCAUUGGAGGAGCUGGCGGGUCGGAAACAGGACGUCUCGGGGGUGUGGGUGCUAGUAUGAGCUACAUAGGCAUGGGCGGAGCAACACCCAAACCGCUCGCUACAAGAUUGUGUGAAGGACAGAUGCUUCUAGCAAAGGAUGUCAACUCACAUUUCAUUGACACGGACGGGAACGGCCUCAAACGCCGCCAGAUUCCUUGGACGGUAGCCCCCGAAGCCGUUGGCUAUUCGUACCCUUACCUACUAGCACUUCAGGAUGCAUCCAAAGGUAUACUUGAAGUGCGUAAUCCAGAGACCUUGUCACUUCUUCAAUCAGUGUCACUCCCAUCUGCUACAAUGGUUCAUAUUCCCCAGCCGAAUAUCAGCCUUGCCCAUGCAGGAAAAGGAUUCCUGGUGGCUAGCGGCCGUGUGAUCUGGAGAAUGAGUGCCCUUGAUUAUGAUUCCCAGAUUGACGGCCUAGUAGAACAAGGGCAUCUCGACGAAGCCAUCAGCCUUCUUGGAAUGCUUGAAGACGCACUUCUAAAUAACAAGGAGGGCAGGUUGCGGGAGAUAAAGCUACUCAAGGCCCAGACUCUCUUUGAAAACCAGAAAUACCGCAAGUCAUUGGACCUUUUUACAGAAGUUUCGGCCCCUCCAGAGAUUGUUAUCCGGCUAUUCCCUAAACUUAUCGCUGGAGAGCUAUCUUCUAUCGAAGAAGACACUUCACAGGAAAGCUCAGAAAGCUCAGAGGAGAAUCCUUCCCAGCUUGAAAAUGGUACCAGUAUUCACAGCGCUGAACCCACCACGCCAGAUGAGAAGCCGAAAGUCAAGAGUGUAGCUUACGCACCAUCUGUGACCUCAUUUCUAAGAGGGAGGCCCGAUGAUGCCAGCGAGACUGGUAGCAUGCGUGGUAAACCAGCAGAUAUGAAAGAACCUGAUAAGAGACUUGAAGGGAAAGAUCUGAAAGCAGCUGUUUACGAACUGCAGGGAUUCCUAGCUGAUAUUCGCCGAAGGCUCUCUAGAUUCAUUAGUCCUGAUGGCACACUCAAAGAGCCUUCAGUUAAUGUUGAUAAAUCAGACGAAAUUACCCAAUCUAUGCUGAAGACUUUGGGUAUCUCCCCUGACGAUCUAGAAAACGUCGACAUGAGCCAGAAGUUGAAGGAGACAGCUACAUUGGUAGACACCACCUUAUUCAGGGCUCUCAUGUUUGCAACGCCUACGUUGGCCGGCUCACUAUUCCGCAUUGAUAACUUCUGUGAUCCUGAAGUGGUGAUGGAGAAGCUGGAACAGACCGCUCGUUACGGCGAUUUGAUUGACUUCUUAUUUGGCAAACGCCUUCAUCGCUCUGCCUUAGAACAGCUAAAGAAAUUUGGCCAAAAGGAGGAGGAAGAGGAGAUUUCGCCUGACCUUAGAGGGCCCAAACGCACAAUUGCCUAUCUACAGAAUCUACCACCUGACAAUCUCGAUCUGAUCCUCGAAUUUGCUGAAUGGCCUCUUCGAAGUGAUCCCGAUCUCGGCAUGGAGAUUUUCCUUGCGGAUACUGAGAAUGCGGAGACCCUGCCUCGUCAGCGGGUUCUAGAGUUCCUUAAUGGAAUCGAUGCAAAGCUCGCAAUUAGGUAUUCGGAACAUGUCAUUAAUGAGCUUAAUGACCUGACUCCGGAUAUACAUUUCCGAUUAUUAACGCUGUACCUUGAGCGGAUACUGAAGAGUAAACAAUCAAAGGACGUUUGCCCUACUGAAGAUGAGCGAGAGGAGUGCAAGCGCAGGCUGUUGAAGAUGUUAGAGACGAGCGAGCAGUACUCUCCAGCGAAAAUGCUGGAUCGACUCCCAAGAGAUGAUCCGGAAUUUUUCGAGCCACGGGCCGUUACAUUGAGUAAGAUGGGACAGCACCGUCAAGCUCUUGAAAUAUAUGUGUUCAAGCUGGACAAUCCAGCAAAAGCAGAGGAGUACUGCAACCGGGUCCAUUUGAACGAUGCCACAGAGACCAAGCAACGUGCAAUACCAUAUGGUAGUUCUCCCGUAGUUGAAGACGGGGAGGCCCGCCCGUCUAUCUACCAUACACUUCUUUCCCUUUACUUAUCCCCGCCCCAUGACUAUAAACCACGAUAUGGCCCUGCAAUUGAGAUCCUUGCACGACACGGUUCCAGAUUACCUGCCAGCUCCACUCUCAGCCUCAUUCCAGGUUCAUUACCAAUCCAGGAUCUCGAGUUCUACUUCCGCAGCCGUAUCCGUGCAGCCAACAGCAUCCUAAACCAGGGUCGAAUUAUAUCUUCGCUGCAUAAGAUUCAAAGCAUGGAAACAGAGGCAUCAUUGCGUUUGGGCAAUGACGUUGGCAGCAACAAGGGCAGAAACCGGUGCAUCACAGUCAGCGAAGAUCGAGUAUGCAGUCAUUGCCAUAAGCGGUUGGGUGGGAGCGUUAUCAGCGUAUUUCCAAAGUAA